AUGGAAGAAUUUUCGACGAGUUCCUACUGUUCAGUUACGCAGUCCUGCUCACCUUUGUCAUCUUCUGCAUUGUCGACUGAAAGUGGUUCUCCACAAAGGAAAAUAAGCGCGUCGGAAGCUUCAGACACCAGUAAUGGGUUCACUUUUGGAGGGUAUGGCACCGGGCCAACUUACGGUCAACAGUUGUUCCAAGCGGCUGAGUCUACAGAGAGUGGCUACCUGACAUACCGAAAUGUUGCCAGAGAGAUAUACAAAGCUCAAGGAUAUGGUGUUGUGUGCAAGAUAGCUGUUGAUAAGUGGUUCGAACGCUUAAACGGGAGCGAUUACGAUAUAGAUUUGCCGAAGCCGAAGCAGUCUGGACAACUAUCGGAGUCGAAGAAUUGCGAACUGCUUACAACAUCGCACCUUGAGUCAGGUCGUCACCCCCUCACCAUUCGUUAG